GCUACCCUGCGCGUCACUGCGCGUACAUGUUGUCAUGGCUCCUACUCUCGCGUGAUGAGACUUGAGGAGUCGGGAUUUGCAGAAAGAUGAGGCUUGUAGUUAACAGCUUUGCUGAAGGCACAAGUAGCGAUCCUGGACUGUGGUCUGCAUUAGGCAAAGCGGGAUUGUUGGAUACUGUGCAGUUACUUGAAUUAGAGAGUGACGUUUGAACUUUACCCCCAGCCUGUUCUAUCCUCAUACAGCUCUACCGGGACGGAAAUUGUUACAAAACUAGCAGAACAUAAAGCUGUGUAGGAGAGAGAAGAUGCAGGCACCAUAGCAACUGCCCUUCCUUAGCCAGGUCUGCAGAUCUCUGAUAGCAGGGGGCCCGGUAAUCCAAGUAAGUUCAGCACAACCGGGCCCCUGGAUGAUUCCCUUUCCCCAUGGCUGCUCUUAUUGAGGUAGCCCUUAUAGCUACUUUCUUAUAAGACUGCUUAGUGUUCUAUACAGGGACGUUUAGUGCACUCCGUCCAUAACUGGGAAGCUUUACACAAAAAUGAAGAAAAUCUUUGGUUUUGGAAAGAAAAAAAAAUGGGGCCCAUCGCCUAAUACAUCUGACACCGGUAGUGUCCUUUCUGUAGGGUAUGAGCUGAAGGAUAAGGACCUAAGCAAACUGCACCGCGCCGCCUCCGCUGGGGAUGUUGGCAAGAUAAAACAGCUGAUUAAGAAACAAGAUAUCAACCAGCUGGAUAAAGAGAACAGGACACCUUUGCAUAUUGCAUGUGCAAAUGGACAACUGGAUACUGUUAAAGUGUUACUAGAACACAAAUCUAAAUUGAACCUAUGUGACAAUGACAAUCGGUCUCCCUUACUGAAGGCAAUCCAGUGUCAACAAGAAAGCUGUGCUACAGUUUUGCUUGAACAUAAUGCAGACCCUAAUCUUGUGGAUAUUAAUGGAAAUGCUGCUCUUCAUCUGGCUGCUCUUAUUCCCUCUGUUUCCAUUGCUAAGCAGCUGCUUGAACAUGGAGCUAACAUCAAUGCUUUUAAUAAGGAAGGGUGUACUCCGCUUAUUCUUGCAGUCACAGAAAAUAAUGAAGAAAUGGUGGAAUUUCUGCUUAAGGAAGGAGCUGAUAUUAAUGCAUGUGACAGAGGUGGCAGAACAUCACUUAUGAUUUCUUCAAAUAAUGGUCAGAACAAUUUAGUGAGAAUAUUACUCCAGAAUGAGGCGGAUAUAAACAUAAAGGAUGAAAAAAGUUGGACUGCUGAUGAUUAUGGCGUCAUGAAUGGACAUCAUGCUUGCUCACACUUGAUUAUUGAACAUGGUUCAAAGAAAAGGGUGAACAUGUCUCCAUGUUAUGGAAGCAUUAAAAGGAGAGAGACCUCCAUAUUCAACACUCCGAGUACAACUGGUGAAGCUGGUUGUGCUUUGGCCAGCCCUGCAACAAACAAAAACGAUAGUCAUUCUCAAGAAGAGUCUGAAAGUUGUAUAUCUGGCAAGUCAGGAGAUGUUGACUCAUGGCCUUCUUCAGAUGAAGACAAUGAUGAUUUAGAUUUUUGCCCACAGAAGACUCCAAAGCCAAGCUUAACACAACUUCUGAAAAAGAAAAAGCAUGCUUUGGGAAAUUCUAGUAUUGCUACAACCCAACCUGUAGGCUUUACUCUGCAUAGUACAUCAAUUAGUGAAGAUGAAUCUCUUCAUGAUAGUCGAGAUGAAGAUGUGAACCACCAGCACCAUCCUAAACCUUUUUCCCAAACACCUGCCUUUCCGCAUCCUUUGUAUUUUACUCCUGGCUCCUUUACAAAACCUCCCCAGAUGGCUUCUUCUCCCCUUUCGACUAUUACUAAGCAAGACUCUUCAAAUGCAGAUGAUGAAAAUGACAAUAGUGAUUUUGAAGAAUCUGUAGAAAGCAGUCCCUUUAAAGCAAAUAUGCCUUCUCUAAACUUAUCUGGUGAAACAACAUAUUCUGAAGAAAAACUGCAAGAUGUUGGAGGUCCUGGUGUUAGAAAAGUGGAAUUAAUGUCUGAACUGGGCUUAGAAGAAGAUGAUAUUGAAUCUCCAUGGGAUUCUGAGUCUGCUUCUGAAAGUUCCAGAAAACAAGUUGUUAGUGACUUACCUUUGCCUGCUGCUAAAACUCAAAUGCAGUGUAUUUCAGAGGAAUCCAAUGAGGAUGUCUCUUACAGACCUUCCUUUCUAAGGCCAUCCAGAAGCAUUCCAGAGCAUGAUGUGUGCUGGCCUGAAAGCCAAAGUGAGUUUUCAGAGAAAAGUGCAGUCAUGGAACCUAAAAAGCCAAAGCUGGGUCACGAAACUUUACAGAAGUGUGUUUCUUCAAGCAAAUCGGUGGCAAAAGGAAAUGAAAGCGCAUUAAAGCCAAAUUUAAUGGACGAUUUAGGAUUAGAUGAUGCUGAUGACAUAGAAGAUGCAUCAGACUGGGACUCUGCCAGCCUUUCACCAAAAUAUACAAUGCCCCAUCAAAGGAAUAUAAAUCAAGUGCAGAACACAAGAGAAGAAACACUGCCACGGGCUGAGGCUCCUUUACCAAUCAGCUCUAUUAUUCCUCCUGUCCCUAUACAAACAGUACUGAAACCCAAUGAGGAUGGUCAAUCUACAGCAUCAGAAGAUGAAUUUAAUUCCACUAAUAAUGCUAUCCCAGAAAUUCCAAAUUGCAAAGAAGAUUCUUUAAAAGAAAAAGUGGAAAAUAACACUCUGCAUGUGUUAAAGACGCAAAGUUUAACAAAUGUGACUGUUAGAAAUCGGACUGAAAAUGCCCCGCAUCAGGCUGAACAUCAGGCCAAGACUGUAAUGCAAAAUGUGGAAGACAUUCUUGCGUCGUCUGACUUAGAACUAUCGUGGGAAGAGAAAUAUGAAAAGAUGUGGGUCGACAAUGAAAAAAAAUAUGUGAAAACACAUUUCAAAAACAUAACCGCUGAGCUGAAGCAAAAAUUUGGUGAACUUACUGAAGAAAGAAGACCACAAACCAAUAAAACCUCAACUAAUGAAAGUAAACCUGACAACAACAAAUUAUUUUUAGCCAGUACAGAUUAUACACAUACAUUACCUAACUCGGAACAAGAAAAUGACAAUGCAGCAGGUGCAGAAUUUAAACCUACAUUGGUACACAGUGAAACUUCUUAUUCAGUCACAGAUGGGAGUCUUCCGAGCAAUAAUGUGCCGUGGGACCAGGAUAGGGAAAAGAGGUCUCAGGGAUUUAUUGUAAAUUUUGGUACUUCUAAAAAAGGUAACUUUGCAGAUUUGCCGGGUUUGGAAUGUAAGGAAAAAUAUGUUACCGUUUUUCAGGACCAGAAAUGCUGUAAUGGUAGUUUGAAAGUGGAAAAGCCCAUAGAAGAUACAGUGUCUUUAGCUCAGAAAGACGAUACUUUAAUGAUUAAAGAUAGUGAUCAUUUAUCUUCAAACCUUUCCAAAGAAACAAUGACUUUAGUGAGUAAAGUAAGUAAAAUUCAGAACUUUACCAAGUGUUUAUUGGAUCAACAACGUGGUGAUAAACCUGAACAGGUCUUUCUAACUGAACAUGCAAGUUCAGGAGUGAUGCAAGCCUCCAAGGUGGAAGCCUCCAGUGUAAAUCUGAACAAAGAACUUGAGCAAGAUAUGCAAAGAUUUAAGAAUGAGGUAGGAAUUCUACAAAUGGCAUUCCUGAAUUUAGCAGAAGAGAAAGGACAACUGCAGAAAGAGGCAGAUCAGAAAGAAAACAAACAAUAUGAAAACUCAAAAACACAGUCGGAGCAAUUAAAACAAGAAAAUAGCAAUAUGUUUGCUGAAGAAGCACAUACUGUUUCUGAACAAUGUGCAGACAUUAAUCAAAAGCUUGGAUCAGCAAAAGGAAUGCAAAACAUAAUGCAUUUUGGAAACAAUACACCAUCAAACGGAAAGGUUGUUCUUGAUGGUAAACUAUCCUGGAAACAGAAGAAAAACACCAUUAAUGGUGAUCCACUUGAAGUAUUUGAUGAUAGCACUUUAAGUGACACUUCCCAGGAAGAUGAUGGAAGGUACGAUUUCCAAGUUUGUAGGACUCCUGGCAAAUUUACCAGCAAAACCAACAAGCUUGAUAAUGCAGGUGAAUUGGAGGACUUUAGUCCAUCCUCAGACACAGCAACUGAAGAAUAUGGAACACCUACUUUACCUUUUAGGAAUGCAAAAAUGCUAAUUGAGCAACUUGGUGUUGACAGUCAAGAUUCUGUUAACCUGUUAAAAUUUCAAAAUAUAAUUCACGAAUAUGAAAGAACUAUACAAAGGGAGAAUGGAAGAUAUAAACUUCUAGCAAGUAAAGUAAAAAAAAUGGAAAAUGAGAAAAAAGACCUACAGCAAAUCGCUGAGAAAAACAGGGAGCUUAAAUCAAUGUUGGAUCACCAAAAGGUGGAAUCGGAAAGUGAUCUGAACAGUUUGAGGUUCACACUUAAACAGGAAGAGGAAAAAAGAAAAAAUGCAGAAAUGCUUUAUGGUAAAAGCCAAGAGCAAUUGAGAAGAAAAGAGGAUCAGUGUUGCCAAGAAAUGGAGGCAAAGCAACUGCUUGAAUUAACUAUAAGAAACUUGGAACUUGAGAUGAGGAGUAUGCAGAACACUGUGAGACAGGUUGAAGAAGAACGUAAUGAAGUGCAAAGAUUAUUAUCCCAUGAGCAUAAUGCAAGAAUUGCUCAAGAAGAUAUCCUAAAUAAUAUAAGGAGGAAAAGUGAAGAGAUAGAAAAUGAGAAAAUGUGGACAAAAAAUGCUGAAGUUCAUGGACAACUUUCUAAAAUAGAUGAAAGAGAGAAAGAUCUAAUCCUGCAAAAUAGCAACUUGCAAGAGGAAAUGAAUGUACUUAAAUUAGAACUGGAUCAUGUUCGAUCUCAGAAUCAACAAGAAGAAAGCAAAUAUAUGGAUGAAAAUGAAAAUCUAAAGGAAAAGAUUGCUGAUCUUAGAAGAGAUCUUAAAAUGAAUGAAGAAACUUUAACACAAACUGUAAUACAAUAUAAUAGUCAGCUUCAUGCACUUAAGACAGAGAAUACCAUGCUGUGUUCAAAGUUAGAGCAUGAAAAACAAGGCAAGGACAGGCUAGAAACAGAACUAGAGUCCAUUCGCUCACGUUUGACCUCUACAUUACAGGAAGUAGAAAGGAAUCAGGCUUUAAAAAUAGAAGUUGAACGCACCUUACAGAGAGAGCGAGAUGAGUGGCUGCGUUCACAAGAUAAAUUAAAUCAUGAGUUGUCCACCAUUAGGGAAAACAACAACAACCUGUCCCAGCAACUUAUCAGAGCUGAGACCAAGUCCAACAGUCUGGAGAAUGAACUUCGCCAGACAAAUACGUCUCUCCAAGACAAAGUCAUUCUUUCUGAAAGCACCCAAAGAGAGCUAACCCACACAUGUGGUAGAAUAAAGGAACUUGAACACACACUCCAACUUGAAAAAGACAAAAUAUGCAAAAGUACUGUUAAGCAAGAGUCCUUACAAGAAAAAUUAGCACAGAUCCAAAGUGAGAACAUGCUGCUCCGCCAGCAAAUUGAAGAUGUAAAUAAUAAAGGUAUUAUCAAAGAUAAAACCGUAAGUGAUGUCCAGGACAAAUUUACAGAGAUCAUUGCCAAAAUUCGAGCAGAUGCAGAGAGGCAAGUUCAGAUAAUUGAAGAAAGGAACAAAGACUUGAUCAUUAAAUAUAAUGAGACCAGGGAACAACUUUAUAGACUUGAAACUGAAAAAGUGGAGAGAGAGAGCACGCUAAGACAGUUGCAACAAGAACUUGCUGAUGCUUUGAAGAAAUUAUCAAUGUCAGAGGCCUCUCUGGAAGUUAUUACACGUUAUCGAAAUGACAUUGAGGGGGAAAAGCAAAUCCUUCAGAAAGAAGUAGAAAAGUUCAGAAUUAAAGUGCAAGAUUUAGAAGAGCAGUGUAAUCAGGCAGAAAGACUCCACCAUCAGUUAAAGAAUUUGUUAGAAGAUAAAGAACGUGAAGUAAUGGCUGUAUCUCAGAAAGUUCAGGAAUAUUCCUCAGCAGCCGCUGGAGAUGAAAAUGCCAUUAAAGAACUGGAAGGACAUGUACAAAAACUUGAAAUUGAAAAUGCCAAAUUUGAAGCAACUGCAAAACAACAAGCAGGACAGAUUGAUAUACUUCAGAAAGAACUCCGGGAAACUCUUUCAAUACGUCACAAAUUGGAAGAAUUAAUAGCGUCUUUACAGUCCUCAAAAAUGGGAUUAGAAGAAAAAUUAAACCAUCAGGUGCAUAAGCAAACAGCAUUGUCUCAAAGUGCACAGGACUCGCAUAACCUGUGGGAAGAAGAACUAAAGUCAAGAUCGCGAUUAGGAAUCCGCUUGGCAGAACUUGAACAUGAAAAGGCAGAGUUUGCAGACCAAGUUGAAAGUGAAAAAAAGAAAGUGAAAAAGUUAAUAGAACACAAACGAUCAAUGGAGGCACGCUUUGACCAGGAAAUAAAGAGGAAUGCGGAGUUACAAAGAGACAUUUCUGGACUGAAAAAACUCCUGAAAACUGCAAAAAAGAAAAUAAAAGAACUUGAAUCUGUUGGCACCCAACAAAGUACUCAAGAUGGGUUCAAGAGCACACACUUUGAAAAAGAGAUUGACAUCAUGAAGUUAAAAGAAAAGAUUAAUGAACUUUCUUUUCGUCUGGAAAACGAAUCCUCAAAUUAUAAGCAGCUGGAAGCUGCAAAUCGAGAUCUGCAACAACAGUUAUCGUCUAUGAAGAUGUUUCACAAGAGUCAGGAACACUUAGAAAAGGGCAAGAGGCAGCUAGAAGAUGAAGUAGCUAACUUAAAGCGGCAGAUAGAGAUAAACAAGGUGGAUCAAAGUCUUAUUGAAAAGCACAAGCGAGAAAUAGAAGAAAGAGGAAGACUUGAAUUAAAACAGAAAUUAGAAGAAGUUAAUCUGUUUCUUCAGUCACAGGCUGCAUCACAGGAGACACUGGAACAAAUAAGAGCUGCAAAUGAUGCUUCAGUAAGAAAUCAAAUGGAGCACAGAAUUCAAGAGCUAGAAUCUGAUCUCGGUAAAAUAAAAAAUGCUCAGCAAGAAAACAUGCUCCAGAGAGAGUCCACUCAAACAGAACUUGAACGAUUCAAGGAACUAUACAAUGAGGAACUGAAAAAUAGGAAUUCUCUGGCAUUAAAACUUGAAAGAUCUAACGAAAGACUUGCAGAUGCCAAUGCUAAGCUGCUCAAUGAGCGUCAAAGAACCAAAUCAUUGAUUGCCAGCAGUAUUAUGAAUGGCAGCCUUGCCACAAGUCCUGUUGUAGAUGCAAGCUCCUUUGGGAAUUUCUCUAAUAGUGGUUUCAGACUUGGAGGAAGCUUCCUUAGUUCAACAGCCAAUGGAAUGAAUACAAAUAGAGUAGAAAACUACCUUACUAAGAUGCAGCAGGAGCUGGAAAAAAACAUCACUAAAGAAUUGGACCAAGCGAAUGCAGAACUAGAAUCUGGCUCCUCUGCAAGAGUUUCUCCUGUAGGUUCCAUUGCGGGAUCCUUAAGAAACUUAAACGUCGACCAAGACCCAGUCUCCAGAGCCACACAGCAGUAUCUUGAGGUCCUUAAGAAAAAUUACAAGAUCUAAACACUAUUUAAACUUUAUGAACUUAAACUGUUUACAAUAAUGUGAAUAUUUUAACUUACCUGGAAAUAUUACUUAAAGGGGUUGUUCACCUUUAGGUUGACUUUUAGUAUGAUGCAGAGAGUGAUAUUCAAAAACAAUUUUCAGUUGGUCUUCAUUUUUUAUCAUUUUUUUUUAAUUAUUUCAAUUUGUAUUCAUCAGAUCUCCAGUUUGGAGUUUCAGCAAGUUACCAGGGUCCAAAUUACCUUAGCAACCAGG